AUGGCUGAUAGUCACGGCCAAGUAUGGAUGCAAGUCGUUGCAGCAUCAAGCCAAGACCCUGACUUAUUCUGCGGGAAAGCAGCCCAUGUCGAGGAUCAGAUGAUCGACGUUCUUCAGUUAGGCAGUGAGAAGCAAUUUCCCACUCGUCGUCUGGCUACCAUCUGGAGGAACGAGAGAUGGAGAGAGAUGGCCACGCGUUGGUGUGAGAGCUCGAUUGGCAGGGCUACCUUCAAAAUCUCAACAUGGGACUGGAUGAUUAGUUACAGAAUCGACGAUUUCUGGUUUGGGAUGUUCCGCAGCGUAUUGCAGACGCUGUCUCAACUUCCCGGUGAUGCUGCCAACGAAGUGGAGCUGGCGGACUGGAAGAGGAUGUCGGAGUUCCUGGGCUCAACCCGCACAAAAGAUCAGGUCCAGACACUCUUCUAUCCGCCUUCAUCAUCAUCAUCAUUAUCAUCAUCAUUAUCAUCGUCAUCAUCCACAGCUACGAAUAGAAACACCAAACGUCGACCCGGUUUCCUUACUACAACAGAUGACGCCGGAUAUGAAGAGAUAUACAGCAGGAUUCUUAGGACCUCCCGGCUACGGUUUACCAAUAUCCACCGCCUUCUAAGCCUAAGCAGAGAGGAUGGGAAGCCGCCUCUGCGGGCUGACAUAGUGUCAACGCUAAACCACUGCUCCGACCGAUACGUCCACGAGGCUGAGAAGAGACUUGGUGUCCUCGUGUGGGAGCCAGACCACCAUCAUCACAAUUCAACGCCCGAGGCAGCUUCUAUACUCUUGCAGCAUGAAGUCCUCGAAUUUGUUCUCCAACGUCUUGGGGACUUCAAAAGUCCAUCGGUCAAGUUGUAUCUGGAGCAAGCACCCAGACAGGUCGACAGCGCCCAAUACACCAAGCGUUUCGAACACGAGACGUGGAACGAAGUACUGACAAUAGUCCAGCGGUGGGUUGGGCACGAAUUCUCUUCCGAGUGGAUGAAGCGGCCUCGAAACGAUCACACCCUCCCUGACCAAGCUUGCAGCGAUAAUACAACGCCUUCCCGCCCCGCUCACCUUGUCCUGACUACGUCGUUGGGGGACUGUAUUAGAAAGGAUCCGGAGCUUGGAGCCGAUUCAGCUUCUAUCGUAAUGGAAAAGCUCGGGAACGAGGCUUUCGAGGCUGUGCUGAGUCGAUGGCUCACUCAGCAUCAGCGUCAACGUGAUCCUGAUGCAGUGGCAGUCUGCAAUGAAAAAGCAAAAGGUGGCGUCCCGGAGGACGCAGUACCCGGGCCAAGAACAAGAACGUCCCCCAAUCUAAACGAGGAUCAAGAAAUCCCACCGCAGGAAAAAGCAAAGAAGACAGGCCAUCAUGAUGAUAGUGGCGACCCUGUUACUGACUGUAACUCUGGUCCCGACUCAUCCGAGUCAUCCCCCAACCUUGACCUUAAUUACGACAAAACUACAUUAUCAUCAUCAUCGUUAUCAUUAUUACAGCCAAAAGGUCACGAGAUAUCGAAAUUAUCCAGAUCCAGCCACUGGUACCUCCAACAACCAAGCCAAGGACGGGUACCAAGCAACAUCAUCAUCAUCUUGGCAAACCGCAACGGCAUUCCUUGCCAGGUGCGAGGCCAUCAUCAUCGUCAUCACCGGGGCCACAACGUAGAGCAGGGGGGUCAGACAGGGGGACAGCGCGAGCGGGCGCUCCCACCUCUUCAAAGCAACCUGGAUCAGGGGGGACAAGCGAACGCCCGCAGCAAGCACAAUGUCGUCGUCAUCUUCUUCUUCUCGAAUAGCACAAAACAAACCUACAUGUAA